GAGUUGCACACGGCUUUGCUUGCCAGCCAGAGAGGCCUGGAGCUAGCGGGGUGGAGGGUGGAGGUGUGCUCUGAGAGGCUGUCUCUCUGGGAUGGACCGAAGGCCUUGGCUUCUCCCUGGGGCUCCUUUCAGGCUGACAAAUUGGAAAUAUCGUCUUGUCAGAACUACUCAGAGGUGACUUGGGAACAGGUCUGGGGAUGUAUCAUCUUGUAUUUCAACAUCAGGCGAGAACCCCUGUCUCUGAUCAACCUGCGGAAGAGGAACGUGGAGUCCGGAGAAGAAGAGCUGGCGUCUAGGCUGGACCACUGCAAAGCCAAGGCCACACGGCACAUCUUCCUCAUCAGGCAUUCCCAAUACCACGUGGAUGGCUCCCUGGAGAAGGACCGCACCCUGACCCCGCUGGGUCGAGAGCAGGCUGAACUCACUGGGCUCCGACUUGCCAGCCUGGGGCUGAAGUUCAAUAAAAUUGUCCACUCGUCCAUGACCCGUGCGAUAGAGACCACUGACAUCAUCAGCAGGCACCUGCCAGGCGUCUGCAAGGUCAGCACCGACCUGCUGCGGGAAGGCGCCCCCAUCGAGCCAGACCCGCCCGUGUCCCACUGGAAGCCAGACGCUGUGCAGUAUUACGAGGACGGGGCCCGAAUCGAGGCUGCCUUCAGAAACUACAUCCACCGCGCCGACACCAAGCAGGAGGAGGACAGCUACGAGAUCUUCAUCUGCCAUGCCAACGUCAUUCGCUACAUCGUGUGCAGAGCUCUGCAGUUUCCACCUGAAGGCUGGCUCCGCCUCUCCCUCAACAAUGGCAGCAUCACCCACCUGGUGAUCCGACCCAACGGCCGAGUAGCACUCAGGACCCUCGGGGACACGGGGUUCAUGCCCCCUGACAAGAUCACUCGGUCCUGAGGGCCACCCGGGAGGCUUCCCCUCAUCCGCUCAAGACCCGGCCCCGGCCUCUCCUUCCCUGUCCUCCUCCGCGGCUCGUGUGGCUUCUAAGGAAGAGGCCGGCAGCAAGGUGAAGCACUGAAAAUGCUGCGUUUGGGUCCCGACUUCUGACCUAGGCUGAAGAGGGAGGUCUGGCUCAGGCAGCUUGACUUUCCUGCGAGGUGUCCGCCUCACCACCUGCCAAGAUGUCCCGGUGUGCGGGGAGACCUCCCAGGCGGAAGUUGGGCCCGUUGUGGGGACUGAAGCUUGGCAGAGACUGUUGUGUUGGUGACCACAGCUGGCCACGCGGCCCCCUGCUCCACCAGCAAAGCCGGUCAGGCAGGAGGGUGACCCAGGCUCUGUUCACAGCUCAUCUCACUUCACACCUUGAUUUCCCAAAACCCUUUCGUCGUUUAAAGGCUUUCGUCAUCUUGGGUUCUUGCUUUGAAACCAGCUUCUCACUCCAAAGUUAGAGGUCCCAGCAAGGUCGGAUCUGAACUCACCUCCUUUUAGGCCUUUCAGGCCUGAGGACGGGCCAGACACACACAGGUGAACUUGGCAGCUGAGGAACGACACGAAUCUCUGGAGGUGGCAUGACCUUUGACCUUCCUGCUGGUCUCAGAGGAGAGGAGUAUCCUUUUUCGGUAAAACGUUCCCGGCUGACAGCUCGAUCAUAGUUUGCCUCUGGCUAAUUGUUUAUGGUUAUGGGUUAAAAUAUUUAAACACGUGUCUCUUCCAAAUGUUCUGUUAAUUUAGGAAAAAACAGUACAGUUUCUAUGACAUGGUUGUGAACUUUUUCCGUAAUCAUUACAACUCAUUGGGAUAUUUGAUCAAUUUCUCUGUCCACUUUAGAAAUAACUGUAAUAAAAUUUUACUGUUUUUUUUUUUAAAGGA